ACCGCACACACGCUCGUGUACUCAUAUGACAGCCUGCCGACUAUAAAUGAUAUAGCUGAUCAGUGGGACUUGCUUACUCCCCAGUGGCCAUCUGACACCCGUUACGCUUCUCAGCCUGGUGACAACUUCAACUUUAAGAUACUUCUACGGUACUUUUGAACGUUUCCGACGGAAUAUAUCCAUUUUUAAAAAACUUUAUCGGUCAAAGCACCGUAAGUCAGUUGAUCAUGCCAGCUGAUACUAUGGAGAAACAAACAGCAUCCCCAAUUGCUGGAGCCCCUGCAAGCGGAUCACAUACUCCUGACAAACCAAAGAAUGCCAGCGAGCAUAGAAAGUCCUCGAAGCCGAUAAUGGAGAAACGCCGAAGAGCCAGAAUUAACGAAAGUCUUGGACAACUGAAGACUCUUAUUCUUGAUGCACUUAAAAAAGACAGCUCCAGACAUUCUAAAUUGGAGAAGGCAGAUAUUCUUGAAAUGACAGUGAAGCACCUGCGAAACUUGCAGCGUGUGCAGAUGACCGCAGCGUUGUCUGCUGACACAACUGUCCUGAGCAAGUAUCGCGCAGGAUUCAACGAAUGCAUGAACGAAGUGACCCGAUUCUUGUCCACAUGUGAGGGAGUGAACGCUGAGGUCAGGUCGCGACUUCUCAACCACCUGUCAGGCUGUUUAGGACAGAUCAUUGCCAUGAACUAUCCACAACCGGCCCCGACUCAACAGGCUCAUCUGGCGCAGCCGCUUCACGUCCAGCUUCCCUCUACCUUGCCAAUCAACAGUGCAUCAAUGAGUUCCAAACUCAGCCCUUCUGAGGCAGUGUCACCGAAGGUCUUCGGAGGAUUCCAGCUGGUACCAGCCACUGAUGGACAAUUUGCCUUUCUCAUCCCAAACCCGGCGUUUGCCUCUGCAACUACCCCAGUCAUUCCCCUCUACGCCAAUGCUGGUGUGCCUGUCACUGUUAACGCCAGUCCCGUCCAUGCCAGUUCAGCUCCAACAGUGGCAUCUCCCGUUCAGGGAAUGACCUCUUUCGCCGGCGUUUCACGGGCCGUCAGCCCUGUUGGUGUCAACACUGGUGCGGAGAGCAGCGAACCAGUGUGGCGCCCUUGGUAGAUACUCGGCAAGCCCAUAACGAACUCUAGAAGUAGUUUUUCACGAUGAAGAAAUAGUACAUGUUCCGUUUUAAGGGACAAUAAUUAACUUCUGUUGGACACGGCUCGUGUUGAAGUAUUUAUUUACUGAGUCCAAAAUUUGGAUGCUGGUGAUGAAUAUGCUGUUCAUUCAAUAGAAGCAUACUUAAAUGUUUAUGAAGUACUUUUUUAUGAAAGAAUUUAGUUUUGUACAAAUGUGUUAAUGAUUGUUACAUGCCAAAGCUGUGUGUGUCUUUUUCUCUUUUACCGUUUGUUGUGUUUUAAAUUUAAUGUUGAUAUAUAUCAAUGAAAUAAAU